AUGACGCAUCAGGACCAGGAGCCCGGUUCAGGGUCACGAAUAGGGGUCAUGAACCGAAGAAGACUGUCCAUUCGAGAUCAGAAGGCUCCUCAAGGCCCGCGACCGCAGGAGCCGUCACGAAGAAGCAACAAUCCCGGCUCCUUUUUUCACUCCGGCAACUCCUCUAUCGACUCCACGAAUGAAUCCACGCAGAGUAACAGUUCCCGCGUCAGUCUCCGAUCGACCAGCAUGGGCAACUUGUCGAAACUGGACUCUAACCAGACCCCUCCUGACAAUGCCGAUUUCCUUGCGCCGGUGAAUUUUGAUGACUUGCAAAAUAGUAUCAUGGCUGAACCGAGUUUAAAUCACUUCCCUAUGCCCCGAACUAGCGGCCCGACAUCCGAGUACCGUUCGAAAAAUUCCUGGGCCAAUAACGCCAACCACACCGACGAAAAUGGCCAAACUGGCCGUCUCAGAAGCAACUCAGUCCGUCGGAAAAGCAUUACGAAUCAGGGCACACCUGGAGAGUCGACAUCCUCGCGUCCCCCGAAUUUGGCUACGGCAACUAGAGCGCGUCGCCAGAGUCUGGUCCAAGGCCAAAAUACAAGCACUGGUCCUGCGCCACGUGCACCACGCAAAUCCAUCGGGCUUGGGUCUGCUCCUUCUGGCGCCGGGAGACGACAGAGCUUGUCGGCUCGAAAGCCCAGCGUGGAUACCACGCGUCUCGACCAGGCCACUCGCCUCCGACCAAGAACACAGUAUCCGGAAGAGAGUCAGAAUGAUCCAACGAAAGUCCCGGCAACUACGAGGAAUAUGAAAGCCAAGUCAUUCCAACCCCCGUCAAGGGAGCCUCGCGACGGCCUCCUGACCGCAUCGGGAACAACGGACCACUCGCGGUCUUCUUCAACCAAUGCGGUUCGAACACCAGUCAAGCAUACUGCAGGGAGAACUACAACACCAUCGUCGUCAGCAUCCAAGCGGGUCUCGGUCAUGCCUCCGGUUGCGACAGGUCUUGGGGCUCGCACCAUAAGUCCCACUGACGCUCGACGGCUGAAGCGAAUGUCGACCGCGCCCCAAGCACAACCGAUGCCGUAUACGCCCCCUGCGCAGGCUGAUCCCAUUCCUUUCCGUCCUCGGUCAUGCGCCCAAUCUCCUUCAGCAAUUCCACGAAAAAGUGUCACACCCUCUUCUAGCAGAACUACUCCUGAUCCCAACCGCAAAUCAUACAGCUCUGGGCUAUCCCUGUCAUCAAACACAAGCUAUAAUUCGGCCAGAAACUCCGGCGGCUCGUUACAAACCAGGUUGUCCCAAACGUCCUCGUCAUCUCGACUACCCACGCCUAAGCCUCGUGUGGAGCAUGUAGUUGCUCCUGAAGAGGAAGUCCCUCCGGUCCCGGCAAUCCCCAAGGCAUACGAGUCACCGAAGGGCGAUUUCGAGCAGCCGACGUAUUCUUCUCCCUUUGUCAUGGGCCGAAAAUCUAGUCUUCCGGUCGACAUUGGUCUAUUGAAGAUUAAGGCUGAUACGGACUCCAAUCCAUCGAGCAGCGUGACUGAUGGCGAGGCGAAUGGAUAUGAUGGGCGAGAAAUGAAAACCCCCGAAGCAAAGCCCAAACCUCCUGCAAUCUAUGGUAAACGAAACUUGCAACCUUUGAAACUGCCACCUUUGAAUCUACUUCCCUUAGGGACGCCGAUGACGACCAAGAUCGAAGCAUUGAAAGAUCGGGAAGACGAUGCCAAACCGUAUACGCCUACGAGUCAGCUCAUGUCCAAGACCCCAAGCACACCUCUGACGGCUUCGAAAGCGAAUUUCUUUUCUGUUCGGGAUGACGAUGAUGGGGCUCCGAGAACGCAGGCACGGAGCAGUACAUCACACUUCAUCGUAAGCACCUCUUCGGGUGCUAAUUUGAGGACUGCCAGCAGCUCCAGCGCGCUUGCAACCUUUGAGAAUACCCCGGGUGGUGCGCGAACUGUUUCGCCGUAUAUCUCAUACACGCUGCCAAAGAGCAGCAGCGAGUUCAAUUACUUACGGCAAAAGGCCAGUGGAGACUAUACAUCCCAGGCGGCGCAGCUGGGUUCAUAUAAGUUGAAUGGCCCCCGCCCACAAACGCAGUCCUCAUCCCUGAGUCAAUUAUCCACGCCUACCGAUCCGGAUAACAGCGCAUCCGAGACGUCUUUGCGGAGCAAUAUCACAGUUGCCCGCCAGCGCAGUAACUCUCGAACUCAAGCCACCGCGGACUCGAAGGGUGAUCCCCAAAAAUAUGAUCGUAUGCCUCCGCCAAAGCUUCCAGCAUCUGCGACGUGGAAUAAUUUAUCCACUGCGAAGAACACGAGCCCUACAAUGAAGACGUCCUACCUGAAGACCAGGCGACAAGCCUCCGUGUCUCAUACAUCUAACCCGGCACUGAGGAAGCCAAGUUUCAGCAGUGAGCAAAGCCUCAAUCUAGAGCCAACCCGUUCAAAUGAUUCUGGAGAGGGUGAUCCCGCCCAAAACCGCUCUGCUUCGUCGAUCCUUUCACCAGUGCACAAGAUUAUCAAUUCCGCAAGGUCGAGUGCAGCAGCUGCCCCGAGGGCUCCCGAGCCACAGAAAGAUGCUGACGUUGUGGCUGCGGACGAUGAGAUGCGAAGACUCGCUUCUAAGCGCAAAGAUCUGGAGAAUGCCGCUAAGGACUUGGAUGCGUUACGCCGCAAGGCUGGGCCCAAGGAGCGCGUUGGUCCAGCUCAGGCUCUGAAGAUGGCUAAUCUGAACAUUUUUGAGCGGGGAGAGAUCAUCGACUUCAAGGAUAUCUACUUCUGCGGGACUCAGAAUGCGAAAAAACAUGUUGGUGAUCUCAAUGCGCAGGCUGCGAACUUUGGCUAUGACGAUGACCGCGGCGAUUACAACAUCAUUAUUGGAGAUCAUCUCGCCUACCGCUAUGAAGUGAUCAAUGUCCUCGGUAAAGGUAGUUUCGGCCAGGUUGUGAGGUGCAUCGAUCACAAGACUGGGGGUCUCGUGGCGGUCAAAAUCAUUCGAAACAAGAAGAGGUUCCACCAGCAAGCCCUUAUCGAAGUGAAUCUGCUGCAGAAACUCAAGGAGUGGGACCCUCACCGUCGCCAUAGUGUGGUCAACUUCACCCAAAGUUUCUAUUUCCGAGGCCAUCUUUGCAUCUCUACUGAACUGCUUGGAAUGAACCUCUACGAGUUCAUCAAGGUUCAUGACUUCCGCGGCUUUUCUUUGAAACUCAUUCGCCGUUUCACCAAACAGAUGCUGAGUACAUUGACGCUUCUUCAUGCAAAGAAGGUCAUCCACUGUGAUCUCAAACCAGAGAACAUCCUUCUCGUCCAUCCGAUGAGCUCCGAAAUCCGCGUUAUUGAUUUUGGAUCUAGUUGCUUCGAGAAUGAGAAGGUGUACACUUACAUCCAAAGUCGCUUCUACCGCUCCCCUGAAGUCAUCCUUGGAAUGUCCUACGGCAUGCCGAUCGACAUGUGGAGUGUGGGCUGUAUUUUAGCUGAGCUUUAUACAGGCUAUCCCAUCUUCCCUGGAGAGAACGAGCAGGAACAGCUUGCUUGCAUUAUGGAGGUGUUUGGGCCUCCAGAGAAGCAUCUGAUCGAGAAGAGUACUCGGAAGAAGCUGUUCUUUGAUUCUCUGGGUAAGCCCAGGCUUACAGUCUCCUCUAAGGGACGCCGUCGCCGCCCAAGCUCCAAGGACCUUCGACAGGUCUUGAAGUGUGAUGAUGAGGCCUUCCUUGACUUCAUUAGUCGCUGUCUGCGCUGGGACCCAGCGCGUCGUUUGAACCCCCAUGAUGCCCUCCGACACGAAUUCAUCACGGGAAUCAAGGCGCCUCCCCGGUCUAGAACGUACCCGACUGCAAGUACCCCCGCCAAGCGGGGAACUACAGCCUCCAACUUGACGUCUGGCCGCCCUCUUCCCGACCCUCCGAAGACUGGCCCAUUUGUGCGCAGCCGAGACGUGUCGGGUAGUUCUCCGGUGAAGCCCACUUCAGGGAAACGUCAUUCUACUGUCAGUGGAUUGGCACCCUCGACGCCUGCCAAACGAGGAACGGCGACCACCACAGCCCCCGGAUCUGCGUUGCCACGUGUGGCAGCUCGGAGCAUUAGUGGGAAGCCCGACCUCGCUACCGCCGCGGCAGCCACCAGCCUGAGGAGUAAAUAA